AUGGCUUGGGAUCGUCUCAGUAAGCCCAAAGUAGCUGGGGGACUGGGUUUUAAGGACCUAAAGGCCUUUAAUCUUGCAAUGCUGGGGAAGCAGGCAUGGCGUUUCCUUACGAAGCCAGAAUCUUUGGUUACAAAAGUAUAUAAAGCAAGGUAUUUCCCUAAAUCUAAUUUUAUAGAUGCUAUUGUGGGAAAUAGCCCAAGUUAUUGUUGGAGAAGUAUUAUGGCUGCCCAUGACCUUGUAUGUGGAGGGAUAAGGAGGAGAAUUGGGAAUGGACAAACAACAUUGAUAGGUAAGGAUCCUUGGCUAUUGGACUUGGAUUAUAAGAUUCAUACUGAUUUACCAGGUAAUAUCUAUGAGGCAAGAGUAUCAGGUUUGAUUGAUCAGGAUACUCGUACCUGGGACCUGGAUAUUUUGAAUGAUAUUUUUGACCCCAUUGAUGUAAAUAGAAUCCGCAGGGUGCCUGUUUGUCCGGAUUAUGAGGAUACAUGGUAUUGGUAUAAGGAGCAUAAUGGAUCAUACUCUGUUAAAAGUGCUUACCGGGCAGUUGUAGGAGAAAUACAAAAUAAUACUGGUUUUAAUAAAUGGAAUGCGUUGUGGAAAUUGGAUGUGCCACCAAGGUGGAAAACUUUCUUGUGGAGAGCCUUAAGUGGUAUUUUGCCAACUACAACAGCCCUGGCGAUUAGAAGAGUUGAUGUGUCUCUAGCAUGUCCUAUGUGUCUUGAUUUUAAUGAGGAUGUUAUGCAUUGCUUAUUAGAAUGUCAAUAUGCUUGUCGAGUUUGGAAUGAAUCUUGUAUUGAUAUAUCUUCUGUGGUUGGGGGGUCUUUUGUUGAGUGGUUUCAGAAUGCAAUGACUGUGCUAACAAAGGAGAAUCUUACUCAAAUUGUUGCAGUUUUAUAUCACCUUUGGAUUGCAAGAAAUUCAGUAGUUUGGGAGGGGAGUAUGAAGAUGCCGAAGAUGUUAUGGUGCAGCGCCAAAGCAACCCUCACUGCCUGGGUAGCGGCUCGGUCACCAACGCCUCCAACAGCACAGCAGCAAUGUCACGCCGUCAUUCCACAAGGACCAGCCUGCUUUGUAGAUGCGGCAUGGAGCCAAAUGUCACGGACAGCAGCGUUUGGGGCAGUAAUGUUAGAUGGGAGCGGAUGCUUUGUGGCGGAAACGAGUGGUCGGCUUCCGUUUUGUGAAAAUGCUAUCACAGCGGAAGCUCUAGCUUGUAUGGAGGCGUUAUCUUGGUUGAAAGAUCGGCAAGUAACAGAAAUUACAAUUCACACAGAUUGUUCGGUCCUACAAUCCUAUCUAUCCAGAAUUGGCUCGCAACCCAGAUCAUAUGUUGGAAUUGUGGUUCAUGAGUGUCAAGUGCUUACGGCACAAUAUAAUUCAUGCCAGUUUCAUUUUAUUCCGAGACGUUUAAAUAUUAUUGCUCAUACUUUAGCUUCAUUGGUCUCUGACCAGAACAUUACUAUGUAUUGGGACGAUGUCCCUCCUGAUGCUAUUAUUCCGCACUUACAGUAA